AUGUAUAAAGACAUUGACAUUAAUGAGAUUGAAAAAUUGAAAAAAGACCAAGAAAUGAUGUCUUUAAAGAGAGCACCAACUAAUAUAAAAGUAAGGAAAAUUGAAAUCUCUGUGAUUAGGAGCGUUUUGGUUAAUCAAAUAAAGACUUUUUAGAAGAUGAAUUUAAAUAAAAGACUGUGGGUCUAGUUACUCGUGAAGAAUUUAAAAGAAAGAGAGAGAAUAUUGAUAAUCUUGUGAUGCAGGAUAUGAAAUAAAAAUAAGAAGAAGAAACUAAAAAAAAAAUGGAACUCAAAUAAAAGCGAAAAGUAGAAUAUUAGAAGAAGACUACAUUAUUGUCAUUUGAUUUAGAUGAAGAAGGUAGUCCAUAAAAAAGUUAUGGUAAAAAUGAACAUGUAGAUACAACAUAUUUGCCAGAUAUGAAUAGAGAAAGAAAAAUUGAAGAAAUGACCAGACAAUUAACAGGUAUAUAUUUUUAUUGUAAUUUUUGUUUAGAAUAAUAUUAGAAGGAAGUUGAAUCAUAAAAGGAUUCUCUUAUUGAUAUUUAAUUCUAAUAUUGGGAUGCUUCAACAUGUUCCAAAUCUUUGAGAAUCAAGAAGAAAAUGACAAUAUUGGAAUUCUUAGAAAUGGCUAGAAGAGAAAUCAUUAGAGAUUUUGGUUUUGUAUUUGUUGAUUUAAAUGAAAUAUUAGUUAACAGAGUUUAGUCCAGAAGAUUUGAUAAUAGUUGCCAAUGGAAUGAUUUUACCACAUAAACUUAGUUUUUAUGAUCUUAUAGCUCAUAAAGUUAAGAAUAGAUCUGGUACUCUAAUAUUUUAAUUUGAUCGCAGAAAGGUAUUACUUUUUAGCUUAAAUUUGAUUUAAUUAGGUUUAAGCAAAAGGAUAGGAAUAUGAAGUAGAAGUUGAGAAAUCCACAACAUGUAAAAUAAUAGAGAAGUUUAGAUAUGAAAAAAUUAAACAUAUUUAUCCAUGUUCUAAAUGGGAGAAUGUAGAAAUCAACAAAUACUUAUGACAUUUUACAACAAUU